UUGCUUUCGCGUUCAUGUAGGACGAUCUAGUAAUACAGAAGCAGUCAAUCGGUGAUCCCUUUCAAUGCCAAACAUUCGCUCUGACUCUUUCUGAAUCAUGCCCACAAUGAAUACAGUGUUGGCGAGUGUAUGUUUCGUCUUGGUCGGUCUUGUUAAUUCAGGCUGGACCCUGCAAUGGGAGAGCGCGGAUCAAGGAAUUCCAAGGAAUACUUAUAUCCAUGAUGUUUUUGGAGGACCCGAGUCCUUUUAUUUCUGUCGAGGAAUGGACGCUACCGGUCAUCUCCGAACUGGUACAAUGAGCAAAGGUCAAACAGCUUGCGGUCUGGUUGGUUACGAGUCGAACAUUGCCAACUACGCCAAUUCGUUCGAGGUUUUGACCAUUUCUCCUGGUGAUAAAAUUGGUUCAAAAUAUCACAGCCGCGGAGAUCCUAUCCCCCAAAAUGCCAUUCCUUGCAUGGACUUCGGGACCAAUCAAUGCUUCUUGGGUGAAUCUGUUUACAACGAUGGCCUUUGCGUGGAGAUGCCAGGAAAGGUGUACGUGGAUCGAGAACGCGUAUUGAUGAACUAUAAAGGCCAAAUGAAGACAUGUGGUUCCUUCUUUAUAAUGAUAAAUGAUAUCUGAAGCAUUUGUAUUGUUAAAGUUGGUGGUCACCGGCACAGGAUGAACUUUAAAUAAGACAUUUUAGUCGUUUGAA